UCAAAGAGAACAGUUUUAUUACAGGGAGGAGACAUUGGCCUGGAAAGGCCAAAAAAAUAUAUCCUCUCUCACACCAGAUCCAACCCCUGCACCUAUCAAAUUUGAAGAACUUUUGACACCAACCACUUUUUACUGCCAAGUUUUCAUUUUUUUCUUUGUGGGUCUUUCUGAAUAUCUUUGCAUAUUCAAUUCCAAGUUCACUUUUCACCCCAUUGUCGUUUUUCGAGGAGCCAGCGGGUAUUUUUCAAGCCUUCCACUCUCUGAUAAGCUCAGACCCUUCUUCGCAUGGUUUUGUUGGGGUUAUUUAGGUUGUAUCACAAACGAGACCACAGCUUUCCUCCUCCAUAACUCUUGAUUGCUUUCCAUCCGUUAAUUUCCCAUUGAUAGAUCACCAGAAUCAAGAGAAUCAAAAGAACAGCAGAAUGAGGGAAGUGCAGGUUGGUUCACACACUUUAAGAUCCCAUGGCGUUGCUGUUGCGAGGAUACACUUGCACGAUUGGUUUAUAUUUCUUCUUCUUGUGCUUAUUGAGGUCAUCCUAUAUUUGACCCAUCCAUUUUAUCGCUAUGUCGGAAAGGACAUGAUGAGUGAUCUCAAAUAUCCUUUCAAAGAUAAUACUGUUCCUGUCUGGGCUGUACCCCUGUAUGCAAUGCUGUUACCAAUAGCAGUUUUUCUAUUCGUGUAUUGGCGUAGAAGGGAUAUUUACGAUCUUCAUCAUGCCAUACUAGGUCUCUUUUACUCUGUCUUAAUAACAGCAGUCAUUACCGAUGCAAUAAAAAAUGCAGUGGGGCGGCCUCGACCGAACUUCUUUUGGCGUUGUUUUCCUGAUGGGAAAGAUGUGUAUGAUAAAUUAGGGAAUGUUAUAUGUCAUGGUGAUGCGGAUGUUAUCAAGGAAGGGCAUAAGAGCUUUCCGAGUGGGCAUACUUCAUGGUCUUUCGCUGGUCUCGGCUUCCUGUCAUUGUACUUAUCAGGAAAAAUAAAAGUAUUCGAUCAGCGAGGUCACAUUGCAAAACUCUGCAUUGUUUUUCUUCCCCUGCUUUUUGCAGCUCUCGUUGGCGUUUCUCGAGUGGAUGAUUACUGGCACCAUUGGCAGGAUGUGUUCGCUGGAGGUCUGCUCGGGCUUGUAAUAUCUACCUUCUGCUACUUGCAAUUCUUUCCACCUCCAUACCACUCUCAAGGAUGGGGACCAUAUGCAUAUUUUAGAGUGUUGGAGACACUUGCCAAUCCUCCCCCGCCGUCGAAUGCCAUAAUUGUUGUGCAGAAUGAACAGGACGUCGAAAGGCAGGCUGAGAACGGGGCAGAUGACCAAAGCAACGAUAGAUUUUUAGGAUUGUCAAUUGACUCCAAUUCUCGUUCAACAAUGCAGGAGACUGAAACUGAGAGGAAAUAAGUGGUUGCAUAUAAUGUUUGUUUAGAGGCUUGAAAGUACUUUGCUGCACCUUCCAUGGCACAGCAUUGGUUGUAUUUGUGUGGUUGGAAGCUAAUAAUUAUAUAUCAUACAACUUUUGUA